CCUGCAUUGGCAGGUGGAUUCUUUAUUGCUGAGCCACCAGGGAAGCCCCAUAUAUAGGUUUACCAUGGGGUUAAAAUGUGAUAUGAAACUGCUAUAUCCGUGUGAAGUAUUAUUACCAUCUGAGCAUCUAAAAGGAAUCAGGAGGCUGAAAGACACUAGUGUCUGGGGUUCCUGAAGCUGUUUUUAAAGAGUAAGUGGCUGGAGCUGACUGGUAUAAUUUUCAUUGCUUGUAUUUCUCCCUUCACUGUUGCAGGCCAGAGACUGUGGCUGAUAGGGCUGCAGCACUGAACUUGACAGAUAUGAUUCCUGACUUCAUGGAGCUUUCAGUCUAAGAAGGAUUAUGGAGUCAAGUCCCAAAACUCUUGGGAGGAUCCCAUCCUAGAAGUCAAAGGCCUGCUAGGAUGUGUUAUUGGAACAGUAACACCAAAAUAAACCACCAGUUGAUGAGCACAUAGUGUCUACAAUAUACCAUGAUGUCAUAAUUUGGGCAAAAGCUUGUGCUUUUCUGGCUUGGGGGGGCAUGCAAUGAGCAGAAAGUAAGGUAACAGGUGUUACAGGACUGUCUGCAGAGCCUUCGUAUGAACCCCUAAGGCAGUAGGCAGAAGUUUUGUAUAAGAAAACCACUCUCCUGGUUACCAGAUGUAGCUGAAUUCAGCUCCACUCCAAACUGUUGUAUGACCUCCAGCAAAACUUAAUCAGGUGUAAUAAUAACAUUGAAAUAUCAGUUGCCCUGCCCCGUGAAGAAAGCAGAUUUUUAUCACUUAAAUUGUUAGUAUAAUCCAAGAAAUCAAAGAACCAGUUAUUAAUCAGUCUUUCCAGUGAAAUCAAUAACCUCUGAGUUCAUCUUGGGGAACCUGCUGAGACUGGGGCUUAAUGAAAACACAAGAACGAACUAACCGGUGGUGGGGCUGGAGGGCAAAAUACACGGGUGUACUUUUCAUCAAAACACGCGAGGAAAAACCCUCUUGCCAUAUCUUGUGUGCUUGCUAAUAAGCUUAAUUUGAACACUUAUUCACCUUUUUACAAUUCUUAGCACCACAGAAAGGAAGUGCUUUUCCUUCUUCCUUAAAAACAAGUUCCAGUCCAAACCAUCAGCCUCUGUAGGUUGUCUUAAUUGCUACUUUGCACCGCACUGGGCUAUGACUCUGAUUUUUGGCACAUGCCGUCAUACACAAAGUUCCGAAAAUAAAAUGCUCCAGGAUAUCCCUGGAACUCUUAGAAGGCUUUAAAAGGGGACUUGCACGCUGAAAGAAUAUCUUUGAUGAAGACAAUUCAGGCGAGCAGAAUGCUUAUGGCAAAAGAAUUAUAUGAUGCUUUGAGAUCUUGAAGUGGGUCCGAAGAAUCCUUGCCACCUAACUUAUCAUGGUUUGGGGGAGUUUGACGAGAAUCCAGUUUUGAUAAAGACAAUUGUGUUUUCCUCCCCAAGUGACUAUACAUUUAAAUAGCUAAAACAUCUGUUCAGCAACAUAGUAAAACAUGUACACUCGGAACGCCUGAGAGAAGAGCCUGCCAAACGUAGAAGAGCAUGAGAACCUUGGAUGUCAACGCCUAACAGACUCUUGAGACCAGCCACCAAACCACAAAAAGCGACUUUCUUCUUGACUGGCCUCUCUGUCUGUCCUGAUGGAGGCAGAAACAGGGAGCAGCAUGGAGAUCGGAAAGACAGCCAACAGAGGCACUCGAAUCGCCCUGGUCGUGUUUGUUGGUGGCACCCUGGUGCUGGGCACAGUCCUCUUUCUAGUGAGUCAAGGUUUCUUAAGUCUCCAUGCUAAACCAGAGUAUUGCCUGAAGCCAGAAUGCAUCGAAGCUGCUGCUUCCAUCUUAAGUAAAGUAAAUCUGUCUGUGGACCCCUGUGAUAAUUUCUUCCGGUUUGCUUGUGAUGGCUGGAUACACAGUAAUCCAAUUCCUGAAGAUAUGCCAAGCUAUGGGAUUUAUCCUUGGCUCAGACGUAAUGUCGACCUCAAGUUGAAGGCACUUUUGGAGAAAUCAAUCAGUAGAAGACGGGACACUGAAGCAAUACAGAAAGCCAAAAUCCUUUAUUCAUCUUGCAUGAAUGAGAGCCUGUCUCAGCAUCUUGGGUCUGAUUGGAAUGAAAAGAGACACUGGACAUUCUACCUGGUCCUCUUUCUCAAGGCUAUUGCAGAAAGAGAAGCCAUCGAAAAAGCGGAUGCCAAGCCACUACUACAUAUCCUGCGGCACUCACCUUUCCGCUGGCCUGUGCUCGAAUCCAAUAUCGGUCCUGAAGGGGUUUGGUCAGAGAGAAAGUUCAGCCUUCUGCAGACCCUUGCAACGUUUCGUGGCCAAUACAGCAAUUCUGUGUUCAUCCGUUUAUAUGUGUCCUCUGAUGACAAGAUGUCCAACGAACACAUCUUGAAGCUGGACCAAGCGGCACUCUCCCUAGCCGUGAGGGAAGACUACCUUGAUAACAGCACGGAAGCCAAGUCUUAUCGGGAUGCCCUUUACAAAUUCAUGGUGGAUACUGCUGUGCUUUUGGGAGCUAAUAGCUCCCGAGCAGAGCAUGACAUGAAGUCGGUGCUUAGGUUGGAAAUAAAGAUAGCUGAGAUAAUGAUUCCGCAUGAAAACCGAACCAGUGAAGCCAUGUACAACAAAAUGAACAUCUCCCAGCUGAGUGCUAUGAUUCCCCAGUUCGACUGGCUGAGCUACAUCAAGAAGGUCAUUGAUGUCAGACUCUACCCUGAACUGAAAGACAUUGGCCCCUCAGAGAACGUGGUGGUCCGAGUCCCUCAAUACUUUAAGGAUUUGUUUAGGAUAUUAGGCUCUGAGAGGAAGAAGACCAUUGCCAACUAUUUGGUGUGGAGGAUGGUUUAUUCCAGAAUUCCAAACUUAAGCAGGCGCUUUCAGUAUAGGUGGCUGGAGUUCUCACGGGUAAUCCAGGGGACCACAACUUUGUUGCCUCAGUGGGACAAAUGUGUGAACUUCAUUGAAAGUACCCUCCCUUAUGUCGUUGGAAAAAUGUUUGUGGAUGUACACUUCCAGGAAGACAAGAAGGAAAUGAUGGAGGAAUUGAUUGAGGGUGUUCGAUGGGCCUUUAUUGACAUGCUGGAGAAAGAAAAUGAGUGGAUGGAUGCAGAGACAAAAAGGAAAGCCAAAGAAAAGGCAAGAGCUGUUUUGGCAAAAGUUGGCUAUCCUGAGUUUAUAAUGAAUGAUACUCAUAUUAAUGAAGACCUCAAGGCAAUCAAGUUUUCAGAAUCUGACUACUUUGGCAACGUCCUGCAAACCCGCAAGUAUUUAGCACAGACUGAUUUCUUCUGGCUGAGAAAAGCUGUUCCCAAAACAGAGUGGUUUACAAAUCCAACGACUGUGAAUGCCUUCUACAGUGCAUCCACCAACCAGAUCCGAUUUCCAGCAGGAGAACUCCAGAAGCCUUUCUUUUGGGGAACAGAAUAUCCUCGAUCUCUGAGUUAUGGUGCUAUAGGAGUAAUUGUUGGACAUGAAUUUACACAUGGAUUUGAUAAUAAUGGUCGAAAAUAUGAUAAAAAUGGAAACCUGGAUCCUUGGUGGUCUAUGGAUUCAGAAGAAAAGUUUAAGGAAAAAACAAAGUGCAUGAUUAACCAGUAUAGCAACUAUUAUUGGAAGAAAGCUGGCUUAAAUGUGAAGGGGAAGAGGACGCUGGGAGAAAAUAUUGCUGAUAAUGGAGGGCUGCGACAAGCUUUUAGGGCUUACAGGAAAUGGAUAAAUGACAAGAGGCAGGGAGUUGAGGAGCCUCUCCUACCAGGCAUUGAAUUCACCAACAACCAGCUUUUCUUCAUGAGUUAUGCUCACGUGAGGUGCAAUUCCUACAGACCAGAAGCUGCUCGAGAACAAAUCCAAGUUGGUGCUCACAGCCCCCCUCAGUUUAGGGUCAAUGGUGCAGUUAGCAACUUUGAAGAAUUCCAGAAGGCUUUUAAUUGUCCAUCCAAUUCCACAAUGAACAGAGGCACAGAAUCCUGCCGACUCUGGUAGCAGGACUGUUGGUUCCUGCCAUCCUGAGAGAGCUGCGCGGUGCUCAUCACCUACUGCUCUAGGCCUGUGUUCCCCUGAAGAUGUUUAUUUUAAUGCAUCUUCCGUAUUUGGGUAUUGCUUAGAUCUAAACAUUAUUCAAAGUUGUAAGACUUAAAAAAAUGGAAUACAAAAAAUCAAAUCACAUAUGUUUCUUUAGAAAGCCAAUUAAGUCCCCAGGCUGCUUGUGUUAAAAUGUUGUUUGCUGAAUUGUUGCUAUUGUCCAUUGUAGUGUAUAAGUUGCAGUUAAGCGGUAUGUACCAUUUUAAUCUACAGCUUUGCAGGGGCCCUAGGUAGAAUAUAUCCAGAAAAAAAAUCAGCCUAUUACACUAGCAACCCUCAGUGGUGUGGACAUGUGCGAGGUUACCUGGGAGGUCUUCCUGUGCUGUUAGAUUUCCUGCACCAUCCUUUCAUAGCAUUGAUUAACUCUAAGGUGGUUAAGUCAGAAAUACGUUGAGUCCUCAUUUGACAGUAUUUGAUGAAGUUCUGGCCUUCAGCUUUGGAGUCUCUUGGGAUGAAAACACGCCUCAUAGCUUGUAUCUGAUGUAGCCCACUGCCCUGUUCAAGUCAGAAUGAACAAAGCUGGCAGAAAAGACUGCUUGGUGAAGGCUUGAGUUUAUCAAAUAGUAAGACAAGGCUGUAUCUGUAAGUCCCAGAAGAAGUCAAAACUCCUAGUCAUGCAACCGCAGGCACAGCAGGAAACAAAAUCUCCAAAAUUUGAUCUGUUCUGUUCAAACCUUGGCAAUUAUGUCAUCUGCUAGAUGCUUCUCUUCAGUCUAAUUUCUGGUUGUCUUGUUAUCCUCGUAUAUGUGCAUUCUCCUGUUUCUGAAAUAAGUAGGCAUAAAAAAAAAUGAUUUUCUAAUUCCCAAUUAGGAACAUAUGGCUUUCCUUCCCCUUGAGUGCAAAGGGACAAACCCCACAUUGAGGCUCAGUUACCUCUUUUAAAAAUCCUUUUUGAAAAAUUUCUUGAUUAAAGACAUGUUAGAAUCUAUUGAUUGAAUUUAAAAUUCCCUGCAUAGUCCAAAGAAACAUAAUGUUUACUCUUCAAGACUUCUUCUAAAGAGUUUAUAAGAAAGAGCAUUACUAUGUUUUCGGUCCUCAGAACUCUAUCCUUUCAAGGGAACUAUUCCAUGUCUUAUUAAAGAGUGUGUGUGCAGGAUAAAAUUGUAACAGCUUUAAAGUGCUUCCCUGGCAUUUUUGCUUUUUAAAAUAGCCAUCCCCUCUUCCCAUUAUUCCUUGUACAUGUGGUUCUAGGUUAAGCUGGUCAAUAGGAAAAUCUCAAAAGCAUAAUGACAAAUUCAGGCUAACCAUAGGAAGCCAUUUUACAUCCCUGGAAUUUGUCAUUAAAAAGUGUGUGUGUGUGUGUGUGUGUGUGCACACACCAUGUCCUUUUGUAACCAUGGGAACGUAGGGGAGAAAAAUGCAGGGGCACCAUCAUGAGGAAAACAAUUUCAGUGCAUUGGUCAGUGGAGAGUGAUUUUCCCCUUGACUUCCUCCUCUCUGAAUCGAUAAACUCCUGAAGGGCAGCUACCUUUUCCGCCUUAACCAUGACUCACCUUAGUUUGCAUUUUCAAAAAAGCAGUUAAGGGUGCUGGAAACCUCCAUGUCUUUUCUCUAGAGGAAUCAUUCUGAUUUGGUUUAGACUUAGAAGAUUCUCCUUGUUUCAUUCCUAUAUCUGGACAUUUAAAAUCAGCUUAAACGUUUUUAAGGCUUACAUAAACAGCAUAUUCCUUCUAGAUUUCUCUUUUUAAACUCCAAAUAAACACAUUCCUGCUGGUCAGAGAAAGUGUUUGAUAAAAGUGUAGAAAUAUGGCUUUGGAAAUGGGACUUGAUCAGUCACUUAAUGGUUUAGGAAAACUGGUUGGUGAACAGUUGGGGCCUGAACAGUUUCUAAGUGAUAUGGCUACUUGUCUUGACUAACUUUACUUGAUGUAACUCAAUUAUACUGCAAGCUGUCGAUAGGAUGGCCGUUGUUAAAAUAGACUUAGAGUAGCUCAAGUCACCACGACUCGCUGGGACAAUUUUCUAGAUUGAAUUUCCAAAUUCGUGUUCCUGUUCAGAUUUUCAGAGUACAUUCUUAUUGUCUCUUCUCUUCAAUACAGACUAAUAGAAAAGAGUCAGAUACCGAUUAAGUGGUGUAAGGAAGAAGGUAAAAUGCGACUGGAAAUCUGGGGAGGGUAAAGGAGAAGCUGGCCUAGGAAUGUGACUCUGAAGAGAAUCCAGGAUUUUGGCAGUUCUUGCUAAGCACAUCCACUGGAGGAGAGCCAUAAAAUUUUACAAAAAUAAUUAUGCUAAAUUAAAAGGAAAUUAGAUAUUGGAUCUCAGACUAUGACUGCCAUAGCACACUUCUCUGAUUCACAUACCAGGUAUUCUGCCAGUGAACUAUUGCCUGCGAAAUGGAAGGCAUUAGGUUUUUGUGAAAUUCUCCUGGUUUAGUCAAGGUUCUUAUGUGUAUAAAAUGGUCUUGUUUGGCUUAUCAUCAUUGCCCAAAGUUUGUUGAGGUUUUUACCAACCACACAGCACCGGCCUCCUAUUUCCAUUUUUUCCUUUUAUGAGAUGGAGUUGGAAGUGACUACUGCAAGCUCAGGAUUCAUAAAUUAUCCUUAAGUUUAUUCAGUGCCUUUCCUCAAUGGAGCUUAAAGCAUAGCACAUAAAUUUUAUCUUAUUUAGCCCUAGAGCAUCACUAAGAAGCAACUAGGAACUGUAGCUUGCCACAUAGGUUAUGCUUGCACCAGAUCAGUGGAGAGGUUUGAGAUUGCUUCUCAAGUACCCCAGAGUCAGGAGAGUUAAAGCCUUUGUUCUUUGGGCUGCUUGCCUUUGCAUUAACCUUCAUCCCUUAGGUCACCCCAUUUCUGAAUACAUUUGUUCCAGCAGUAUUUCUGUAAUUACUUAGCAUUUGAUAGACUUCUUCCUUGAUAUUUUUAACAGUAUGUCUCAGUUGCAUAUUAAAUUAUGGAAGAAUAUAUGAUUAUUUCAAGCAACAACAUGCUCAUUGCUAGUGGAAGUGCCCCACUGGUUCGAAGAAAGGUGUUCUUGGAUUAUGCAUUUCAUAUCUAAAUGGUCUUUGUAUUUUCUUCCCUUACUUGUGAAACAAUGUGAACGAUCAUUUUAAGGACAAUAAAAAGUUGAAGAUA